AUGGACGAAGAUCAAGGACCGCAAUCCAUUGCGCCUCAGCAUACACCAUCCAAGACAAUCGCCCAGCGUUGCAAUGGACUUGUCAAAGCAUUCACAACUAGGCAUGGCCUAAUCGGCGACUACGACUAUGCAUUUCUCUUCCGCCCUAAUCUGCCCUUCAUGAAGAAGAGCGUCAACCCAAGUCCCUUCUUUGGACUCAACGAUAAGAUGCCAGUUCUUUUGGGAUUGCUGCUUGGUUUCCAGCAUGCAUUGGCUAUGUUGGCAGGCGUUAUUACACCACCAAUAAUCAUUAGUGGUAGCGCCAAUUUAUUGCCAGAGCAGCAACAGUAUCUUGUGUCAACUGCACUCAUUGUCUCGGGUAUUUUUUCCGCCGUCCAGAUCACUCGGUUCAGACUUUUUGGUACCCAAUACUAUAUUGGCACUGGGGUGCUCUCUGUAGUAGGAGUCUCCUUCAGUGUAAUCCCUGUUGCCCAAGGUAGUCUUGCUCAGAUGUACGCCAACGGGUUUUGCCCUUCUGAUUCUGAUGGAAAUCCUUUGCCUUGCCCCAAGGGUUAUGGAGCCAUACUUGGUACAUCCGCUGUGUGUGCCCUCAUUAACGUCCUGGUCUCCUUUAUCCCUGCAAAGCUCUUGCUGCGGGUACUGCCACCAAUUGUUACAGGCCCUACGGUUAUGCUCAUCGGUAUUAAACUCAUAAAAUCAGGCUUCUCCAACUGGAUGGGCGGUAGCGGAGCUUGUAUGACAGCUACUGAGGGAUUGUUCGCUCUCUGUCCAAGUAUUAACGCACCCCACCCUCUUGCUUGGGGAUCUGCAGAGUUUCUAGGGUUGGGCUUCUCAGUCUUUCUUGCCAUUAUCUUAUGCGAGCGAUUCGGUUCUCCUAUCAUGAAGUCCACCUCGGUCGUCAUCGGAUUAUUGGUUGGCUGCAUUAUCGCCGCUGCUUGUGGUUAUUUCGAUCGAUCUGGUAUCGACUCAGCUCCCGUUGCUUCGUUCGCCUGGGUGCACACGUUCCCGCUUUCAGUCUAUGGACCACUAGUCCUUCCUCUCAUCGCUGUUUACCUCGUCUGCGCUACCGAAGCUAUUGGUGAUGUCACGGCCACUUGCGACGUCUCAAAACUUGAGGUCACGGGAAAGACUUACGAGUCCCGUAUUCAGGGUGGAAUAUUGUCUGAUGGCCUUGCCGGCUGUAUUGGUGCCCUCAUGACCAUGACUCCCAUGUCUGUCUUUGCCCAGAACAACGGUGUCAUCGUACUCACCCGCUGUGCUAACCGCCGAGCUGGUCUGGCAUGUGCCAUGUUCCUUGUCAUCAUGGGAAUAUUUGCAAAGUUCGCAGCAGCUCUUAUUGCCAUCCCGUCGGCUGUCCUCGGGGGGAUGACUACCUUCCUCUUCAGCGCCGUGGCUGUCUCGGGAAUGUCUAUUAUUGUCCGUGGCGUUCCUUUCACUCGUCGCAAUCGUUUCAUCCUGACAGCUGGCCUCGCUCUGGGCUACGGCGCUACGCUUCUCCCCAACUACUUUGACAAGAUUUUCACAUACAAGGGAGACAACCGUUCUCUCCAGGGCUUCUUGGAUGCCAUCAUCCUCAUAAUGGAAACAGGAUUCGCAGUUGCCGCCAUUGUUUGCGUAAUCCUUAACCUUACUUUGCCAGAAGAGUUGGAAGAUGACAUUGAUGCGGCAAGAUCGAUAACCAAUGUAACGAUGCAUGAGGAGACUGAACGAAGCAAAGCUGUCGCAGGGUCAAGCCGGGAGCAUAGUAUUGAUCCGCAGAAGCAAGGAUAA